GGAGACGAAGAGAGAGAGAGAGAGAGAGAGAGAGAGAGAAGUCUUCUUCCUUCGUCCAUCUCCGCUCUAUUUUGUCAUAAAUCCCACACGUUGGUCAUCAAUUAGGGCUUCUGAAUCAAUCCUUGUGGUUCGGUUGGCUUGAAAAUCCGUUUUUUUUCUUGGAAAGUGCCCCAAAUUUGCUUGCUUUUGUUCAUUUGGAUUUUGAUCUUGGGAUAUUGAGUUUUCUUUGGUGGAAAUGACCUUGCUUUCUUGCUAUUUUUUGUUUGGUUUCUGCUAAUUUGUAUGAUUUUUUUCUUGCUUUAUUUGCUUUUCGCUUCUAUUUUAAUGUGAUUUGAUGUGCUUGUAUUUGUUCCUGUGUAUUUGAGUUAUUAUUUUUUUUUUUUGGUGAUUUGAGGAUUUGAGGAUUAGAUAGUCAGCUAAGGAACAAAAAGAAACCUUUUUUGGGUAAAAACAAAUAUGAUUUAUAUGUCCUUUUUCAUCAUUUGUUGUAAAAUCCAUUGAAGUUUUUGUAAUCUUUCUUCAAGCAAACGAUUUUGUUGUGAAACAGUUGAAGUUUUUGUCUGUAAUAUUGUUUUGGUUUCUGAGGGUGUUGUGAUUCAUUGGGUUUGGCAAUGUUGCUCUUGGUGCGUGUGAUUGAGGCUCGUUGCCUUCCGGCCAUGGACCUCAAUGGUUUGAGUGAUCCAUAUGUGAGAUUGCAGCUUGGAAAGCAAAGAGGGAAGACAAAGGUGAUCAGGAAAAACCUGAACCCAGUGUGGGAUGAGAACUUCCGAUUCGUUGUAGGGGACCUUGGGGAUGAGCUAACUAUCUCUGUGUUGGAUGAAGAUAAGUACUUCAGUGAUGAUUUUGUUGGUCAGGUGAAGGUGCCAUUGUGGAAGGUUUUAGAUGCAGAAAACCUCACCCUUGGGACUGCAUGGUAUCAGUUGCAGCCCAAGAACAAGAAGUCAAAGAUCAAGGAAUGUGGUGAAAUUCGUCUCCAUAUAUCUUUAUCACAGAAAAACUCUUUUGAUGAAACAUCUACGAUUUCCAAAUCCUAUUUUGAUGAUGUUGCAUCAAAUUCAGAUAAAUCCAUGGAACUAGCAAGAGAAUCAUUCUCAUUACCUUCCAAUGGCCAUGAAGAACCAUCUGGUGACCUGAUAGCAGAAGAAAUGGAUCCUGCUGAUUCAGACAAAUUGAAUGCAACAUCAUUGGUUGACCGCUUGUUUGAGUUUAUUGGUUGGAGGAAUGUACCAAUUGAAUCAUCUGAUAGUGGAGACCAAGUUGGUGAAGAUCAGGCUGAUGAGAUCCAAGAGAUAACUUCAAAGCCUGAAACUUCUAAUAAACAAGAUGAGGAAAGCUCUGGUGUGACAUUUGAUGAACUAUUGAAAACCAUUGAGGCAAAAGGUGAGCUUGUUGAAAUGCCUGGAAAUUUGCCAGGAGGGUUGGUCAUUGACCAGUAUUAUGCUGCCUCUCCUAGUGAGCUGAACUCUCUGAUCUUUUCACCAAGUUCGAAUUUCUCCCGUACUCUGGCUGAAAUUCAAGGGAACACGGGGCUAGAGAUUGGAGCUUGGAAACUAGAAAAUAAUGGAGACAGCUUGAAAAGAGUGAUUACCUACACAAAAGCUGCAACUAAACUUGUGAAAGCUGUGAAAGCCACGGAAGAGCAGACUUACUUAAAGGCUGAUGGAAAGUCUUAUUCUGUUUUAGCUAGUGUUAGUACUCCGGAUGUUCCAUUUGGUAGCUAUUUUAAGACUGAAGUUCUUUAUUGCAUUACGCCAGGACCAGAAUCAACGACUGAAGAACAAUCUUGUCAUUUAGUAAUAUCCUGGCGAACAAAUUUUCUGCAGAGUACAAUUAUGAAAGGAAUGAUUGAAAAUGGUACAAGGCAAGGCCUGAAGGAGAGUUAUGUGCAUUUCACUGAAUUGUUAUCUCAAAGUUUUAAACCACUUGAUUUAAAAGACAUGGGUGGUUCAAACAAAGAGCAGAUCUUAUCUUCUCUACAGACACAGCAGGAGUCAGAUUGGAGACUGGCUUUCCGUUUCUUUGGGAAUUUCACAGUCAUAUCAACAUUUUUUGUUGGAUUAUAUGUUCUUGCACAUAUCCUUCUAUCCAACCCUAGUACCAUCCAAGGGCUCGAGUUUGUUGGUCUUGAUUUGCCUGAUUCCAUAGGAGAAGUUGUGGUUUGUGGAGUUUUGGUUCUUCAAGGAGAGCGUGUCCUAAAGAUGAUUGGGCGUUUCUUGCAGGCUAGGAAGCAGAGAGGUGGUGAUCAUGGAGUCAAAGCACGUGGAGAUGGAUGGAUAUUGACUGUUGCAUUGAUUGAGGGGACUAACUUAGCUGCUGUGGAUUCAACUGGUUAUUCUGAUCCCUAUGUAGUUUUCACUUGCAAUGGUAAAACAAAAACUAGCUCGAUCAAAUUCCAAACUCUCAGUCCGCAGUGGAAUGAAAUAUUUGAAUUUGAUGCUAUGGAUGAUCCUCCAUCUGUGAUGAAUAUUGAUGUUUAUGACUUUGAUGGGCCUUUUGACGAAGCUACAUCACUUGGGCAGGCGGAAAUCAACUUUGUUAAAUCUAAUUUAUCAGAGCUAGCUGAUGUUUGGAUUACACUUGAAGGAAAGCUAGCUUUGGCAUGCCAGUCUAAAUUGCACAUGAGGAUCUUUUUAAAUAAUACACGGGGAGCUGAAGUCGUGACACAAUAUAUAUCAAAGAUGGAGAAAGAAGUUGGAAAGAAGAUAAAUUUGAGGUCACCUCAAACAAAUUCGGCAUUCCAGAAGAUCUUUGGCUUGCCACCAGAAGAGUUCCUCAUUAAUGACUUCACUUGUCACUUGAAGCGAAAAAUGCCGAUGCAGGGACGACUCUUUCUAUCUCCACGAAUAAUUGGGUUUCACGCAAAUCUUUUUGGGCACAAAACGAAGUUUUUUGUUCUGUGGGAAGACAUUGAAGACAUUCAGGUGGUUCCUCCAACACUUGCAUCAAUGGGUAGCCCGUCUAUGAUUAUUAUACUUCGCAAGGGCAGAGGUAUGGAUGCAAAGCACGGAGCAAAGUCCCUAGACCCAGAUGGAAAGCUGAAGUUCCAUUUCCAAUCAUUUGUUUCAUUCAGUGUGGCCAAUAGAACAAUCGGGGCUCUAUGGAAAGCAAGAUCGUUGAGUAUUGAACAAAAGAUGCAAAUUGUCGAGGAAGAUUCCGAAGCAAAAACCCUUCAGAGCGAAGAAAGUGGAUCUUUCUUAGGCAUAGAGGAUGCUAAUAUGUCAGAGAUUUUUAACUCAACGAUUCCAGUUUCUAUCAACUCACUGAUGGAGAUAUUUGAAGGGGGUGAUUUGGAAAGAAGAGUAAUGGAGAAAGUCGGGUGUGUUGACUAUUCCAUCACGCCAUGGGAACCAGUUAGAUCUGAUGCAUUUCAGAGACAAAUUAAUUACAAAUUUGACAAGAACUUGUCCCGUUACGGAGGGGAAGCUACGAGCACUCAACAAAAAUCCAUGUUGGCUGACCGGAAAGGAUGGCUUAUCGAAGAGGUCAUGUCACUACAAGGAGUACUACUUGGUGACUUCUUCAAUCUUCACUUGAGGUACCAGAUAGAGGAUAACCCAAAAUCCAAUGCAUGCAAUGUCCUGGUAUCUAUCGGAAUUGCUUGGCUGAAGAGUACCAAGCAUCAAAAGAGAAUCUCAAAGAAUGUAAUUUCCAAUUCUUCCAUUCGACUUAAAGAGAUGUUUAAGCAAGUCGAAAAGGAGUUCACAACAGCAAAAUAGUGCUUGAACACAACAAUUAUUCAUCGUCACUAACAAUUGCACGGACGACACAUGAUUCUUCAAACUCAAGAGAUCAAUUUAUCAUUCAGAAAUCUUCAAUGUUGUAUUUAGCAUAGAGAAAACAAGCAAUCCCGACACUGAGGAUGAAGCCGGAGAUGCUGCUCAAUUAUACUGAUUUUUAACUUCACUAAUUUCUUCGAUGUGUCUGUUAAGUCUCCCGGAAAUUUGAUUUAGAAAUGUAUGCCAUGAUGCAUAUGCGUCCCUGCAGACAAGGAUUGAGAAAUUGCAAAGUGACACUGAGGAGUUCUUUGUUACUAACAAUGGUUUCAUUGAUGUUUGUAAUUAGCCAUCUGUUUGUACAAUAACUUAAUGUGUAUCUAAUUAUGUUGUUUGUAUGAGAGAUUUAUAACUUUUGAUUAUUAAUUCAAUACAUACUGCAGUCAUUACAAAUGGCUGAGAAUUUUUGAA